CCCGUGGACCCCCCACUGCACUGCCCGUGGGUCAGGCCUUCCCUGCCCCAGCAGUGGGUAAGUGGAAGCCGAGGCCCACGAGUAGUACCUACAGUACUGAGUAGGUACCGUGAACAACGCGGCAUUGCAGCUUCGCUGCCUUCUCCGUACUCUUCGUUGGACAACCAUGGCUUUAUUAAUUUCAUAUCUGUUUUCACAAACAUAGUGUGCCCUCGUUUGCCGUAGUGCCUGAGGUCUGUCCCUGGAAGGGUUCUUGCAAAAGUCUAAUAAGAUACUGGAUCAGCUGUUUGGUGUCCAUCUAUGUUAUGUCUUUCUUCUGCCCACACCGAUUCUUUCGAUAAAUUCUCUUCACACCACCAAGUUCUUUCACCAUGAUGGAUGUCUCAUCGACAGUUCACCAUGCCAUUGACGCUGAAGCGGAAGCCGAGCAGAAAAGCACGGUGUCGCUGGACGUCAUGAUAAGGUCGACACUGAACAACGCCGUGGGUGACUACGACGAUAAGCUCGGGUUUGGAUCCAUGAGUUGUUCCAUAUAUGAUACCGCAUGGGUCUCUCUGGUGGCGAAAUCAAUUAGUGGAAAACGUCGAUGGCUCUUCCCACAAUGUUUCGACUACCUGCUCAGUCAGCAAGCUGAGGACGGGAGCUGGGGGGUAACGGAUGAAGCAAUUGACGGUAUCUUGAAUACUGCUGCUGCCCUUCUGUCUUGUGUACGACAUAAUCACGAGCUUUCGAGCUUCGAACACACGACCACCAAAGACCUCGAUGCCCGGAUCAGCCGAGGCAUUGUUUCUUUGCGCUCACAGUUACGCGGUUGGACAGUCGCGUCCACCAUUCACGUGGGGUUCGAAGUCAUUGUUCCAGCCCUGCUCGAACUUCUUGAUCAGGAGUCCAUUCAAUUUUCUUUCGAGGGAAUGGGCGAAUUAAUAAAAAUACGCCAGGAAAAGCUUUCCAAGUUCCAUCCUGAUCUUCUCUACGGCCAUAAACCAUCUACCGCCAUCCACUCACUGGAAGCCUUUGUUGGGAAAAUAGAUUUUGACAAGGUCUCCCACCACAAGACAUUUGGAUCAAUGAUGGGGUCCCCUUCAUCUACAGCAGCGUACCUCAUGAAUGCAACCGCUUGGGAUGAUGGGGCGGAGGAGUACCUUCGACAUGUCGUUGAACAUGCGGCUGGGAAAGGCAAUGGUGGUGUUCCUAGUGCUUAUCCGUCCACCAUCUUCGAGUAUAGCUGGGCCCUGUCUACACUUUUCACCUCUGGAAUUUCACCUGCUUAUCUCGAUGGUCCUGGCUUGAGAAAAAUGGCAUCAAUUCUCUCACAGACCUUCAAUCAACAGGGGGGCACUGUUGGAUUUGUCUCUUGUUUCAUGCCCGACUUGGACGACACAGCAAAGACUAUCAUUUGCCUGAGGUCUAUGGGUUUGAAUGCCAAACCCAGAAGCAUGAUCGAUGCCUUCGAAGGAAAAACCCAUUUCAGGACAUACCCUACGGAGAGGGACCCCAGCUUCAGCGCCAAUUGCAACGCACUGUUGGCUUUGCUUCACCAAGAGGUGCCACAAGAAUAUAUGGAGCCAAUAACGAAGAUAUCUGCAUUCCUUUGUGACAUCUGGUGGAAUUCGAUGUCGAAGAUUCAAGACAAAUGGAACGUAUCCUAUCUGUACCCCACACUCUUAUUUGUGGAGGCAAUCGUGAAGCUCGUGGGUCUGGUUGAACAGGGGGCAAUCUAUGGUUUUCACGAUCACAUACUGAAGUCGAAGGUUGCCGUGUGUCUGUACCAGGCAUGUUAUAGGACGCUACUCGAACAGAAGACCAACGGCAUGUGGAACAGCUCUGUCGAAGAGACCUCUUAUGCGACGCUUAUACUCGUGAAAGCAAGAGAGCUGUACUUGUUCCGAGAUCUGCGGACACGGUUGGACUCAGCUAUCGACAAUGCCACUACUUCCAUCCAGGACGCCGGCAGCAUGACCAACCGCGGAAUACCACAUCACCUCUGGAUCGAAAAGGUCAGCUACACAUCUCCGCUCGUGACCGAGGCAUAUAGGCUCGCGGCUCUCUGGGCAUCAGCUGCGCGUUCAGACUCCGACGUCGGCAGAAGGCUUUAUGGAGAUGCAACUAUUAUACCCAAUCUUGCGAGCCUGUGGCUGCGAACCCCCCUCUUCUCGAACACGCCUGAGUGGCAGAUACAAGCCUCAAUGGUAGAGGGAAUGCUCUUCCGCCCAAUUGUCAAAGCCGUUAGGCUGGACGUGUUCACCAGAAAAGGCGUGGAUGUGGACAAGUACUUCGACGUCAUACCACUGGCCUGGCCGAUAGCAAAUAACCGCGCCCGGGCUUUCGCCCCGUCGUCGUUCCUCUUGGAGGGAAUGAUGGCCUCGAUGCUCAACUACCAAGUGGACGAGUUCAUGGAAGCUGUGGCGGGGGUUAUCUAUGCCCAACACAUUCCAGAGCUUCGUCUACUAAUCGACGAGGUGAUAUAUGCCAUUUCUAGGGAGAGCGAGGCAUGUGCGAAUGGCAUCGUCAAUGAUUCCACUAAUGGACGAGGCUUGAAGAAGGGCGCAAAUGGCCAUCAUCCAGAUAUCGAGGAUUCCAAACGCGAGGAAGUUCUCCAGCCGCUCCGUAAAUUCGUCAGUCGUGCACUGAUGCAUCCAGCAAUCUUGUCGGCAAGCAGUUGGGACCGCAAAAAUAUGACCUGUGAGCUCCGGAUCUACCUCCAAACACAUGUUACACAAAAUGAGGACAACAUGCUAUUGCGACAGAACAAAUUCACCGACGGCAUCAUGAGGGAGCAUUUCUUCCGCUGGGUACGCACAACCUCGGCCGACCAUACCUCAGCAACAUAUACAUUCAACUUCGUCAGCUGCCUGCUCAGCUCGUGGAUUGAGAAGGGGGAAGACUGCUUUGAAGCGACCCAGGAGAAAUAUUACGCCGCCGCCGCCUGCCAGCAUCUAGCUACCAUGUGUCGCAUGUACAAUGACCAUGGCUCCGCUGCGCGGGACCGUGACGAGGCCAAUGUGAAUUCAAUAGAUUUUCCUGAGUUCACGUUGGGCACACAAGUCUCACCGAAUGAUGACAUAGUCAUCAAGCAGGAGAAGCUGUUUGAAGUGGCUCAGUAUGAACGUGCCUGCAUCGAAGAAGCAUUCAGGCGGCUGGAGAAUCAUGGGGGAGGGACGAGUUCUGCUGAGGCACGAGCAAGGAAGAGUCGGAAGAUGGAAAUCUGGAGGUUGUUUUACGAAGUCACGGAUUUCUGGGGGCAGAUGUAUGUUAUUCGAGACAUGGGAAGUCGCUUGACUGUCAAAACAGAGGCUUGAAGCACCUGAUAAGCUUUGCAGUCGAGAAGGAGCGCAAAGCACACAAUAUUGAACAGCAGGACCCGUGGACGUUCUCUUCAGAUUCUUAGGUCGGUUCUUUUGCCAGCUUUUCAUUUUUUUGAGAAUAAACAAGUAGUGUUGUUUUAUCAGCCUAAGAAAAU